CAUCUUGCCGCUAAAAGUACUCACAAUUCACGAAUUCAUGGCGAAAGCAAUAUACACGCUUGUAUUUUCUGCCAUAUCGCUGGCCCAUAUCCUGCACGGAGAGCAGCUAGUAUUCCCAGAGGGAGAGGAACACAGUAUUCUCUGUACAGCACCUGAUGAAGACAACUUUGCAAUCAACUGGGGAACUGGUGGAGGAAUAAUUGGGAAUGAAGGCCCUUUUACUGUGGGAGACGAAGAGCCAGCUACCAACGGGACAAAGGGAAGAAGAGUAAUAUUCAAUGCAUCACUGGAAGUUAACCAAACAACUCUCAGAUGUGUUGUCGUCAACUUUCGUCCAAAUAGUGACUCCCCUGAACCACUUGAUUUCACAAUCAUCAUCCAAGGCCCUCUACCGGCUCCUGGUGUGGACUAUACAAUCAGAGAAGAUGGGUCCAUACAGUUCAGCUGGAGUCCUCCGUUCUCUCACAACAUCACUGAUGUGGAGCCAGACAUCUCCCACUAUCUAGUGACCAUUAUCAACAUGGAGGACCAUCACUCUGUGCUCACUGUCAACACAACAGACACUGAGUACCUCCUCCAGUCACAAGACUGCCAGCUAUCUGACUACCAAGUGGAGAUAGCAGCAGUCAAUGUUGUUGGUGUGGGAGACAAGUAUACCAGACCACCACUGACUCUGGAUGUAGUGACAGUGUCUAACACUGCCACGGUCACUUUUGGUGGGAAAACUCCUGAAAUAACCUUCCAGUUGCAGUUUAGAAGAAACUGUAACAAGGAGACGAGCUUUGACCUCGAUCUCAUGCCAACCUUUACCCAACAACUGAUCAGCAUUUCAGUUACAAGUCAACAGUUCCAGCCGACUUUGACUCUCCAGUCAGGCGAUAUUCAAUUGAAUGAACUGUAUGAUGUCACUCUGACAGUGGAUGGAACCUCCACAUUUGAGCUGAGCUUGAGUACAUUUGACGUCCAGAAUGUGGAGGUCAGACUGACAAACACUGAAUACGAGAUAACAUGCUACUUUGCUAGUGGGUCAGAGGCCAGGGUUGUUAGGAUAGUCCUGAUCAAUGAUGAGGGGAAGGAAGGGAAGAGUGCAAUGCACAAAGACUGGAGGGGGUUGGAGAAGCUGUGAUAAAGGCAACACUACCAGCAGGAGAGUAUUCACUACUGGUCUAUGAUGAUGACGAUGACUCUAUGGGUCAAGAGAACCCUGCAUACCACACAUUGGUAUCUUCAACUUCCUCAGACUUCCACAACAUGGGCUGCUUUCCGAAAGCCUCAGAUCUUGAGUCAUCAGCAGGCCCAGCAGGCAACAGUGAAAAUGGUAUGUUCAUUCUUAGGGACAGUUUAUUUCAUGCUUCAUUGCUUCUCUUAAAUUCCCCCCAGGUUUCAAAGAGCUGACUGUGGUUCUGUCGGUAGUAUUCCCAAUGGUAUUCAUCAUUACCUUCCUGGGAAUAGUGGGUGUUGUGGCUGUGCUGGUCACUAGGAACCGCAGAGGUAGGCUGGUGGACCCAGCAAAAGUUUGUUGCCUUAGAUGCUGACUUUGCACGAUGAUCUCAGCCAGUGUUUUGUGUUAUUCACUGGUUGUUAUUCCUCCUAAUGCAGUUUCUAAGAGACAUAGACAUCCUGAAUGUGGUAAAAGUGCAGCCAAUGAAUAUGUUGAGAGGAAGAGUUUCCUGGGCAAGCAUUCAACAACAGAGUCUAGUGGCUCCUCUGGCAGUGAUGACACAACACAACAACUCACUGAAGGGAGCUCCCUCAGUGACACUAGGGAGUCUUCUGAAUCACAGGGCAGUAUGGAGUCCAACACUACCAUUGAGGCGGAGCUACCACCGACCCUCACCUGCACCUUCCAACAAUACCCACAGCUCGCCAAACGCUACCACAAUACCCACAGUUGCCAAAUGCUACCACAGAGCCACCAAACACUACCACUCGUACACACAACUUCCCAAAUCUGUCUGAAGCUACCACAGACGCGCAGCAGACUCCAAACACUGCUGAGACUGAGACAAACAACCUGAACCGGUUAUCUGGACCAGACAGUAGAGACUCCGGUGUGACCCAAGAGUCGUCUCCACACAGCACUGCUCCAGUUGUUUCUCGUCAGAGAAAUUACAUUCAAGUGGAGCCUGAAGCUGGAUGGAAUAUUCAAAGACCACCAGACAUAAGGGAAGACACUGUUUUGUACGCCACAAUUCUUCCUCACACAUCUCCUCCCCAUAAUCCAUAACACUUUUGUAAUGUGAAAGCAUUUUUAAAAUCAUUUUGGUACACAUGUAGAUAAAGUCUCACAGUAAAUGGAAGUGACAGAUGAACUUAUUUUUUAUGGUGUGUUUAUGUAUUGCUCAUUAAAAUUUGAUGAAUAACUUUGAGCUAUGUCCAGCUAUGCG